AUGAUCAAGGCAAUCUUCUACAGCAAAUUCGACACCCAAGAGGGCCCAAAGGUUGUCCAUCAAGUCCCCGACGGCGCCAUCGUCCCCUCGUCAACCGCGCCCGCGCAACCCCUCUUCCUGACCUUCUCCGACGUCUCGUUCUUUGUGAUUCCCCGACAGGAGCUUUGCGGCAACCUGCUGCAGGUCUGCAUAAAUGGCUACCGUAUCUUAGGCUAUCCCAUCUGCAUGAAGUCAGACCGCUAUCCGCGCAAUGAGUUCAUCUUCAACUUUUGCAUUGUGCUGGCCGAAGAGGAGGAUUUCAGCCAGUAUAAGAGCGUGGUGCAGAAGUUAGCGGACUUGAUGCAUGCAUUGGAGGAGCAGAGUGGGUUUCUGUCGAGAGACUUCUCCAAGACAGGCGAGGGAAAGGUGUAUAGUCUUUGCGAGAUGUUGAUGGAGGAUUUGAACAAUUAUUGCGAGUGCAUGAUUCCCAUUGAUGAGCUUAAUACUUUGAACAUCAAAUUGUUCCCUAUCUAUCCCUCGCCCCCGGCGGUCAAGGCGUGGCAGGUACCCUUGUUCACUGUGCGAUACCAGGCUUUCAUGGACGAGAAUUGGGAUCUCUCAUUGCAACGGAUCGUCCCACAUAUCAACGGUGUCAACAGUGUCCGUAUCAUCUCCAUCCUCGCGGAUGCCGAUUUUUCCCUCACAUGCCGAGCAAUCCGGCACUUGUUAUACUAUGGAUGUCUAUUUCUCUUGGACAUCUUUUCAUUUUCAGCCAUCUACGCGCCAACAGCUCAAUUCAGUCACACCAUUGGUUCAGACGAAGCCAUGCAGCUUGAGUGCGCGCGCUAUGUAAAUACCCGCUUCGCACCACACCCACCGAUCGGCCCUCAUACACCCCUCCCGCCGCAGAUAGUGCCAGUAACAGCAGCAACCAUUGGCGGCAGUCCUGGUGGUGCCGGGACACUAUCAAGCCCGCUUACCGAUCCUGCCCCGAGUCUAUCUCGUGACGAGUCUCGCUUCGACGCAGAAGAGAUAUGGCCCUUGUUGGGUGACUCCGAAGACUCACCCAACGGCAGCCGCAAAAUUCCCGAUAUCCCCGAAAAUAACAGUAUCCCCGCCGGCCAAGGGCCCCAAGUAGUGGAUGGCGUUGGGAUUGUCGAACUCUACGCGGCCCUGAAACAGGGCCAGAGUGUGAAACAGUGGUACUCACAGCACAGCCGUGAGCUUGCCAACAUCGAUAUCCGCCGAUUCAUUACCUUCGGCGUGAUCAAGGGCUUCCUCUACCGCGUGCAUAAAUACGCCUGCGCCACCGGCCAGCCAGCACCGACACCACGCUCCUCAUCUGUCGCUCCCAUAGCUGCAUCGACUGGGCCAUCUUCGCGUACCACGACUGGGCAUAACACUCCCUACACGGCAUCAAGCGUUGGCGAAGACGCACCUAUUUCCGCCCGACGAGAUGGCAGUCGUGAACGUGCGUCAUCCUUUCAUAGUGGGAGCCGCGGUGUUCUUGGGUCUGGGAGUGCGCCGUCUGGAGUCUUUGAAGAUGAGGAGGAUGAAAUUGAUGAUCGGACGCUGUCGAAAUAUCUUGAUGGCACGCAUAGCUUUGACCAGAUUUGUACAGAGUUGGAGAUCAGUGAGCGCGAGCUGACGGCUCGAUUGAAGAGGUAUCCCGGGGAGGUGCUCAUUCUCCAUCGCUGA